UCCAAGUGUGCUAUUGCGUGAUUCUCAGAAUUAAUAUUAACAUUUUACAUCGCCUUCAUCAGACCUGGUUGUCUCUUUUAUGUAUGUAGCUAAACACUCCAUUUUUUGGUUUAUCUGACAGAAUCAAAGAGGAUAUAUUAUACAUUUUUAUAUGUGAAGAGACAGAGGCGAAAGGCAAGAAACAAGAUGGGGAAAGUAUCUUACAUGAAGCUGAAAGGUAGCCAAAACUUGAGACUACGUCUUUUACUGGCGACCCUUUCAUCCAAAUCAAUUAUCAUUGAGGAUAUACGUGCUGAUGCUACUUGGCCUGGACUUCGUCCGCAUGAAGUCUCUUUCCUCCGCCUCCUUGAAAAAGUCUCUGAUGAUUGUGUUGUUGAAAUCAAUGAAACUGGCACAAAAUUGAAGUACAAACCAGGAAUUAUUAUGGGAGGAAGACAUUUAGUUCAUGAUUGUGGUGUUAGUCGCUCCAUUAGCUUCUUCUUGGAACCAUUGAUUGUGCUCGGUUUGUUUGGAAAGAAACCAAUCACCAUUAGGCUUAAAGGGAUCACAAAUGAUUCGAAGGACCCAUCUAUUGAUACUUUUCGAUCAACUACUUUGCCUAUACUGAAGCAGUUCGGAGUCCCUGCAGAAGGAUUGGAACUGAAAAUUGAGAGUCGGGGAGUCGCUCCUAAAGGUGGUGGUGAAGUAGUUCUUUCAGUACCUAUGGUCCCGAAUAGUUUAAAGGCUAUUAAAUGGGUUGACGAAGGUCUGGUGAAGAGAAUUAGAGGUGUUUCCUUUUCAACUAGGGUCUCUGUUCAGUUUGAGAAUACGAUGAUACACGCAGCUCGUGGAAUCUUGAAUCCUUUGCUUUCAGAUGUUCACAUCUUUACAGAUCAUAAAGCUGGAGCACAAGCCGGAAUGUCACCUGGCUAUGGAAUUUCUUUAGUUGCGGAGACUACAUCUGGAUGUGUUAUAUCUGCUGAUACUGCAGUUUCUUAUUCAAGGGGAGAAGAUGAUGCUGAUCUAGAGGAUGAUAGGAAAGAUCUGAUCCCUGCUGAGGAAGUUGGCGAGCAAAUUGCUUCUGCACUACUUGGGGAAAUUAAACAGGGGGGAGUAGUUGAUUCAACACAUCAGGGACUGCUGUUUCUUCUAUGCGCCCUGUGUCCGAAAGAUGUUUCAGAAGUUUGCGUUGGGAAGCUGUCACCCUACGGAAUAGAAGCAUUAAGGCACAUUAGAGACUUUUUGGGUGUUAAGUUUGUCAUGAAACCUGAUGCCUCCACAGGAACCGUCAAUCUCAUGUGUCUUGGCUCUGGAUUUCAGAAUUUAUCCAGAAAAGUAUCAUGAUAAAGUAAUGGGCAUCAUGUGGUGAUUUCAUAUACAGAAACGUGUGACGCUUCUGUAUCAACAUCUUCUGAAUGGCUUGACAUUCAUCAAUGAGGUGGUUUAGAGUGAAAAUCAAUCACAGGAGUGUCACAGGCUGGAGGAUUUGAUGUGGUCGCUAGUUGUAAUGAGAGUACUGUAGGAAACAAACAUAGAAUCACAUGCGUUCAUCUCCCUUUGGGGUUGAAAUAUUUGGUGUUAAGAGUUCUAGUUCAUAGAUGUUUUGAUAAUACUUCCUUUUCUGGUUUCCAACAAUCUCUUUACCUUGUAAAAUUAAGGUAAGGUCUGCAUGUACACCAUCAUCUCCAAACCCAUUUGUGGAGGUAUGUUGUCGUUAAUCUAAUUUUUCUUUUGGUUGAUUAA